AUGGGCGCUUAUUUGAAUAAACCAGUCACUGAAAAGGAGUCUGAAGUUGGGGAAAACCAACGAGUUCGUUACGCAGCAAGUUGCAUGCAGGGAUGGAGGACGAAUCAGGAGGAUGCUCAUAACUGUAUCUUGGAUUUCACAGAAGAUUGUUCUUUGUUUGCUGUCUAUGAUGGUCAUGGAGGGAGUGAAGUCGCUCAAUACACAGCAAUGCAUUUGCCCAGUCUUCUCAAGAGCAAAGAGCCUUGGAAGUCAGGAGAAUUUGCUAAAGCAAUAGAUGAAGCGUUUCUAGAAUUCGAUGAUAUUUUACGGUUUGCAGGACUAGCAGGCGUUUAUAUUUCAUUUUUCAGAGUUCUGGAGACACAGACAGCAAUGUCCUCUGAUUCUGAACAGUCAUUUGAUGAGGAUUAUAAGGAGGAAGAUGAAGUCAUUAGCCAUAUUUUUUUAGGUGGAGAUACCCCCGGUGAAGAUUCUGGUACAACGGCAUGUUUGGUUCUUCUUUUUAAGGACAAAGUCGUCGUUGGCAAUGCCGGUGAUAGUCGAGCAGUACUUUGUCGUAAAGGUAAAGCAAUUGAUCUCUCAGUGGACCACAAACCGGAGGACGCCUCAGAAAAAAGGAGGAUAGAGGCAGCGGGGGGAGAGAUAAGUGGUGAUGGGCGUGUUAACGGUGGCCUCAAUCUCUCAAGUAAUUUGCCUCUCAAGGACCAAAUGAUCUCCGCUCAGCCAGAUGUCACUGAGCAUAACAUUGAACCAGAUGACCAGUUCGUUGUUGUUGCCUGCGAUGGAAUUUGGAACUCUUUAUCAAGUCAGGAAGUAGUAGAUUUUGUUCGUACUAGGUUGGCUACCGGUUUGUCUCUGAAAGAUAUUUGCGAGAAAAUGUGUGAUGAAUGUUUAUCUCCUAAUACAGCAGGCGAUGGGACGGGUUGCGACAAUAUGACAGUUAUUAUCGCUGAAUUGAUUCAUGUUUGA